UAUGGGGUGUCUAAAGCCAAAAGCAGAAAGAUUAGAGAGCCAAAACCAGCUCCCACAAAACCAAGAAUUAGGCAAAGGCACUGGUGUCCUCAGAACUUGUUUCAAUGGACUCAAUGCCUUAUCAGGGGUGGGAAUACUAUCAAUCCCAUUUGCACUUUCUGAGGGAGGAUGGUUGAGUUUGAUACUUCUUUUUCUGGUAGCUAUUCUCUGUUGGUAUACUGGCCUACUUCUAAACCGUUGUAUGGAUGCAAAUCCGGUUAUCAAAACAUAUCCUGACAUUGGUGGCCUUGCUUUCGGGAACAAAGGAAGAGCUAUCGUGUCUAUCGUCAUGUAUCUGGAAUUGUAUUUAGUUGCAGUGGAGUUUCUGAUAUUAGAAGGUGAUAAUCUAGAUAAGCUGUUUCCAAACAUGAGGAUCACGGUUGGUGGGCUGAAAAUUGGAGGAAAGCAAGCCUUUGUUUUGCUAGCUGCACUUAUAGUCUUACCAACGACAUGGUUAAGGAGCCUGGAAUUGUUGGCUUAUGUAUCGGCUGGUGGUGUCUUGGCUUCUGUUAUCGUUGUUGGUUGUGUUUUAUGGGUUGGUGCUGUUGAUGGUUUGGGAUUCCAUGAAAGAGGAAAGCUUCUGAAUGUGAGAGGAAUUCCUACUGCUAUAAGUUUCUUUGUCUUUUGUUACUGUGGCCAUACAGUUUUUCCUACAUUAUGCAACUCAAUGAAAGACCGGAGCAAGUUCUCUAAGGUUUUACUUGUCUGCUUCAUUACAAGCACCAUCAACUACGUAUCCAUGGCAGUUCUAGGCUACCUGAUGUUUGGAGAACAUCUCCAGUCUCAAGUGACUUUAAAUCUUCCCACAAGAAAAAUAAGCACACAGAUAGCAAUUUACACCACUCUAAUCAAUCCCUUAACCAAGUAUGCAGUUAUAGUUACUCCUAUUGCUACAGCUAUUGAAGAAGCAUUCCCUUAUUUCCAUAACAGGAGGUCUCUUAGUAUCAUCAUGAGAACAGCAAUUGUUAUCAGCACUGUAAUUUUGGCCUUGACAGUUCCGUUUUUUGGAUACCUAAUGGCGUUUACUGGUGCAUUUUUGAGCGUCACUGGCUCACUCUUGUUGCCAUGUAUGUGCUAUCUAAGCAUCAAUAAAGCUGCUCAAAGGUUCGGGUUAGAGUUAACAAUAAUUGUCGGGAUUUUGGUGGUUGGCUCAUUUGUUGGUGUGGUGGGUACAUACUAUUCUUUGAAACAAAUUGUGAAUCAUCUGUAAGACACAAGAUCGGAUAAGAACUAUUUAGAACAAAA